GCGGAGUCAGGCGCGAGAGCUCGCUGUGAAGAGCUGUAGUGCGGAGCAAAUGUCCUGUGUAUGCUUCAACUCUGGAGUAAUUUCAGACUUCUCUAAAUAAGUUUGUGAUGCUCUGAGCGCUCCUCAGCAUGUCUCACGCCGAAGUCGAGUUCUCUGGACGUGGUUUUCCUGGUUUACCUGUUGAGUUGGAGGAGGACUGUCUCUCCAGAGUGCCAAUGCUGCGGACUCACUCCCUGAACGCGAGGAGGAACUCAUACGUGCUUCAUAAACUCAGCGUGGAUAUUGACCCGCAAAUCUACAACGAGACACUUUCCAAAGCGCUGUCGUGGUCCACUGAAAACAUAUUGUUAUCAGAGAGAAGAGUUGCUGAAAAUAAAACAGACCCUCCAUCUCCAAGUUCUCCAUCUCCAGUCUCCAGCCCAGAGUCUUCAACCCCCAGCGCCAGCUCAGCACCUCCAGAGGACUGGACAAGCUCCGUCCAGACCCCUCUGUCCCCUGUCGCCCAGGAUGCCAGCUCGGACUCCGACAAUGAGGGCUCCAAAGUUGAGAAUGUGGCACCACGACGCCCAUUUGUAAGCAGACUGGAGCAGGACGAGAAAGAGGACAUUGAGACCAAAGCAGUGGCCACCUCACCGGAUGGAAGAUAUCUGAAGUUCAACAUUGAAAUUGGGAGAGGGUCGUUCAAGACGGUCUACAAGGGGCUGGACACAGAGACCACGGUGGAGGUGGCAUGGUGUGAGUUACAGACUCGCAAACUGACCAAAGUGGAGCGCCAGCGCUUCAGCGAAGAGGUUGAGAUGCUCAAGGGUCUUCAGCACCCAAACAUUGUGCGCUUUUACGACUCCUGGAAGUCCACUGUGAAAGGUCACAAGUGCAUCCUUCUGGUCACUGAGCUCAUGACCUCUGGCACCCUCAAAACGUAUCUAAAGCGUUUCAAAGAGAUGAAACCAAAGCUCCUACAGAGGUGGAGUCGUCAGAUCCUUAAAGGACUUCACUUCCUGCACACGCGCACCCCUCCCAUCAUUCACAGGGACUUGAAAUGUGACAAUAUCUUCAUCACGGGCCCCACAGGAAGUGUGAAGAUCGGGGACCUUGGACUGGCCACACUCAAGAGGGCAAGCUUUGCCAAGAGCGUAAUAGGAACACCAGAGUUCAUGGCUCCAGAAAUGUAUGAAGAGAAGUACGACGAGGCAGUGGACGUCUAUGCAUUUGGCAUGUGCAUCUUGGAGAUGACCACGUCAGAAUACCCUUACUCUGAGUGCCAAAACGCUGCGCAGAUUUACCGCAAAGUUACCAGUGGUAUAAAGCCCGACAGUUUCUACAAAGUGAAAGUUCCAGAGUUAAAGGAAAUCAUUGAAGGCUGUAUCCGCAUGAACAAAGAUGAAAGAUACACCAUCCAGGACCUGCUGGAGCACACGUUCUUCCAGGAGCACAAUGGCGUUUACGUUGAAUUGGCUGAGGAAGAUGAUAUGGUCAAAUCCAGCCUGAAGCUCUGGCUUCGCAUGGACGGCACCAAGAAGCUCCACGGAAAGUACAAGGACAACAACGCCAUUGAGUUCCUGUUCGAGCUUUACAAAGACGUGCCAGAGGAGGUGGCGCAGGAGAUGGUGGUUCUGGGGUUUGUAUGUGAGGCCGACUACAAGUUGGUCGCCAAGGCCAUGCGAGACCGCGUUACAGCCAUCAAACGUCAGCGAGAAAAACACCGUCGGCUAGCAGAGGAGAAGCAGCGGAAGAAGAAGGAGGAAGUUAUUGAGGAAGAGUCUGAGCUGCCAUCGCCCAGAUCCAACGUUCAAAUAUCUGAAAACCCCGCCCCUUCUCCUGUGCAGAUCCCGCCCACUCCUGUAAUCCCAGAACCCAUGUGCUCUCCCAUUACUGGCUCAUCGGAUUCUGGGAUUAACGGCAGAUUCCCACCAGAGCCAGAGGAACCAGAGGCCGAUCAACACUUCCACAUCCACCAUACAAGCUGCUCCUCAGCAACCUCUGACUGUGAGACUGAUGGAUAUCUCAGUCCCUCUGGCUUACAGGAUGUUACCGAAGCUUCAAAUGGCACCGUCAGCUGCUCUCCAAUCCUUCUCCCCCAACAGGCCACACCCACAGAGGCCACGCCCACAAUCACUCCACCAAUCCUGGCUCUCCGUUUCCCCUCAAGUAUUGCCGUGUCUAGUAAAACCGAGAGAGGACCGCUUAGCCCUUUCUCCUCACCCGUGGACAGUUAUGCUUCAGACGUGACCUCAGGCUUGAGCGAUGGCUACGAUGGACUGUCAGACAGAGGGAGUAAGUUUGCUGAAAGACGGACAACAGGGAAACUGUUUAGGAGGAGAAUGCGGUCCCGUCUGCGCAUUACAGGGGUGUCUGAUAAAGUAGACCGGGUAGUUGAGUGUCAGCUACAGACCCAUAACGAUAAGAUGGUCACCUUCAAAUUCGACCUGGAUGGCGACAACCCUGAAGACAUUGCUGCAGUAAUGGUGCAUAAUGAGUUCAUCCUGCCCUCGGAGAAGGAAGGUUUCAUUCACCGCAUCGGUGACAUCAUUAAGCGAGCAGAGUCUAUGAUGAGGAAGGACUCAUCGGGUCACCAUGAAAGCUACGGAGUCGCCCGUCCCUCGUAUAUAAAUGCCGUCCACUCACUCUCUGGUUCUCAGGCGAGCCUGCAACCAAACCUUCACAGUCUGGCACGAGCUCAUUCCUCUUCCUCACUACCAGCAGAGUUUGGUCUGGGCGCCGGGGCAAGAGCCUCUCCUCCGAGAGCCGCUGGAGACAUUACCUCAUCCACACGUCCACUCUUACGUUCACAGUCUUUCCAUAAUGCCCCAGGUUCUCCUCAUCCUCAUCACGUCCCAUCAGCUUCAGUCUAUCCUCCUGAUCCCAGAAUGCCUCAUUCCAAACUACCUCACAUGCAGCAGUACAUACCCUCAUACAUGAACACCGCCACUCACUUCCCCUUCCCGUACCUGCCUCACCCAGCCUCCCCCAAACCCGCCCACACUCCCCUAUCCCACAUACACAGCAGUCCGUCAUACUCCCUCUCGUCCCCUUCAUCCGUCCCGGGCUCCCCGAGUCCCUUCAGCUCGGACGUCUCAAGUCCUGUUUCCGACGUCAACCUGAUGUCUCCCCCUCCGACUCACACGCCGGCCAUGUGGCCUCCUCACACUCAACCGCUGUUUUCCCUGGCAAAUGUGCUGUCUAUGGCCAUGAGCAUGGCACAUUCGUUCAUGCCCACGCCGAGUCUGGUACAGGCCAUGCCGGGGUUCCAGCCCGGUUAUCCCGCGAUGUACGCGCCCCAGUAUCCUCCAUCUGUACCGGCGGAGGUGGCGUAUAACCAAGGGAUGGCCGAGUAUUACCAGGCCUUGGGUUCCCAGUUUCGGGACACUGUGAUGUCGUCUCCUUCCCAAGCUACUCCAACAUCUGCUUCACCCAGCGGCGUCUCCGCAUCCAGCCAGCAGACAGCGUCCACAGUUCCUCAAGAAGGAAUGCUGUACACACAGGAAUCCUCCAAGGAUUAUCCUCAUGGAUACAGACCCGUUUUCCCCAGACACUUACUGGAGCAGCGGAGCAGCCCCGGGUCUUCAUCCGGACGCUCGUCUUCCUCACGAGCGAGUCCAGAUAGCAGAAGCCUUCUAGCUAGGCGUACAUCCAAAGUAGGUUCUCCUCAUCCUCAUCACGUCCCAUCAGCUUCAGUCUAUCCUCCUGAUCCCAGAAUGCCUCAUUCCAAACUACCUCACAUGCAGCAGUACAUACCCUCAUACAUGAACACCGCCACUCACUUCCCCUUCCCGUACCUGCCUCACCCAGCCUCCCCCAAACCCGCCCACACUCCCCUAUCCCACAUACACAGCAGUCCGUCAUACUCCCUCUCGUCCCCUUCAUCCGUCCCGGGCUCCCCGAGUCCCUUCAGCUCGGACGUCUCAAGUCCUGUUUCCGACGUCAACCUGAUGUCUCCCCCUCCGACUCACACGCCGGCCAUGUGGCCUCCUCACACUCAACCGCUGUUUUCCCUGGCAAAUGUGCUGUCUAUGGCCAUGAGCAUGGCACAUUCGUUCAUGCCCACGCCGAGUCUGGUACAGGCCAUGCCGGGGUUCCAGCCCGGUUAUCCCGCGAUGUACGCGCCCCAGUAUCCUCCAUCUGUACCGGCGGAGGUGGCGUAUAACCAAGGGAUGGCCGAGUAUUACCAGGCCUUGGGUUCCCAGUUUCGGGACACUGUGAUGUCGUCUCCUUCCCAAGCUACUCCAACAUCUGCUUCACCCAGCGGCGUCUCCGCAUCCAGCCAGCAGACAGCGUCCACAGUUCCUCAAGAAGGAAUGCUGUACACACAGGAAUCCUCCAAGGAUUAUCCUCAUGGAUACAGACCCGUUUUCCCCAGACACUUACUGGAGCAGCGGAGCAGCCCCGGGUCUUCAUCCGGACGCUCGUCUUCCUCACGAGCGAGUCCAGAUAGCAGAGUUUCGUCAUCCAGUCCUAGAUCAUCGUCCCCCCUGGCCACGUUAGAGACUACCAGAGCAUCCAAGUGCCAAGAAAUCUCGUCACCAUCUGAGCCAAAGCCUACUGUAACUGUGGGCCGUUUUCAAGUUUCCCCCAGCAAAGAGAUUCCUGCUCCGGCCAGACACACAGACAGUGAAAACACACCCACUGAAACUCCACCUCCGGAUAAUCACAUCAGCUCACCGGAUCAAAACCUCUCCAUUCUUCCUUCCUGCGAGGCUCCGCGUUAUUUAUUGAGUUCUGCUGACCAGCCCGAGACGGAGAACAAUCAAAAAGAAGACCGAGAGGGACAAGAGCAGGAUGUUGAUGAUGAUGAAGAGACCCCUGUGGAUAAGAAGUACAGGAGGAAGAAGGGACGCAGAGCGGAUUGCAGCCCGGCUCUCAUGGGAACGUCGGUGGACAGCGGGUUUUCUGUAGCCAUGGAUACAGACAGAAGAGUGUGGGAUGGAAACACGGGAAGCCCUCCGUAUGCCACUCCUCUCCACAACCUCUGGAUGAGCCACACGCGCAGCUCCUCCUACCUGAGCAGCGACGAAUCAGAGAGCGAGGAUGAAGAGAUGUGGGGGGAGCUACAGGAGCUGAGGGAGAAGCAUCUGUGUGAGGUUCAGUCUCUGCAGGCGGUGCAGAAGCAGGAGAUAGAGGAACUGUACGCCAGAACGGGGAAGGUUCCUCCCCCCUGUAUCGUAUCUCCAGCCGCAAUGCUCUCCAGUCGCCAACGCCGACUGUCUAAAGGAGGAAACUUCCCGUCGUCUCGCAGAAACAGCCUCCAGAGAGUCGACAUUCUGCCUUUAACAGGGAUCAUGAGGAAAAAUUCCCUGAGCGGUAACAGUAGCAGCAGUUCCCAGGAAGGUUCACGGCCGACUAAAGGAGUGACUUUCGCCGCUGAUUUUACUAGAAUGUAAGAAUCCUUAGCCUGGUACAUUGGCGGGACUACGUACAUCAGACUACCUCAUCCAGUCAUGACUGCUCUUACCACACCAAACUCUGAACAACCAGCCACCGAGAAACAGACACACGAUCCAAUCAUAUCCUCAUAGCCUGAACUGGACAGAUUGGGUUUGUAAUAUAUAAUGUACAGUUUCCUAAGCAUAAUAUGCUGUGUGAAUCCAGCGUUGGUGUCAGAAGGCGCAUUUCUAGUGCAAAUGCACUAAUUAAGUCUGCUUAAUUCUGUGAAGAGCCAAUGGUUUGGCGGGACUCUGCUGUUUUAUGAUGCUGUGACGUUCUCUCUGAAGGCUCAGCACUGAGUUUGACUCUCGACUGUCUCUUUGCACUUUCUAAAAACCGCCUGAACCUGCUGAACGGGCAAACAUCUGAAUCAACAGUACACUACUGGACAUCAGAUGUCCUGCUGUUUCUGUUCUACUGCCUGUGUUUGCGCUGUAGAAACUCCAAAUCAUCACGCAAUAAUCAGCAUGAACUCUGUAGAUCCGGUCCAGAAAUAUUUCUACUAUUAUCUGAUAGGGUCUCUUUUAUAUUCUAAAUGUGAAUAAAAAAAA